GGAGGGAGGCGCCGCGCCGCGCCGCGCCGCCAUGGAGGGCCCGGGCGCCGGCAGCGCGCCCGGCAAGCGGAAGAUGGCCCUGCGCAGAUGUGAAACCUGUAGUGAAGAGGAGGCUAAGUACAGAUGUCCACGAUGCAUGAAAUAUUCAUGCAGUCUGUUGUGUGUAAAGAAGCAUAAGCUUGCACUGAGCUGUAAUGGAAUCAGGGAUAAAACAGCAUUUGUAUCUGUAAAUGAAUUUACUGACUUGAACCUUCUAAGUGAUUAUCGUUUCCUGGAAGAUGUAGGAAGGACAGCUGAUGCUGCCGCACGAGAUCUUUCUGUGCAUAGGCCUACAACAAAUAAAUUUAUAAAUUACUUGAGGAAUAGAGCUCGGAGGCAUAAUAUCAACCUGAGAACUCUGCCUAUUGGAUUCACAAAAAGAAGAGAAAAUUCAACCAUCUUCAAUAAAAAGGAGCAAAAGUUUUACUGGCAUUUGAAACUUGUGUUUCCCCACUGUCAAGCUGAAUACACGUUAAAAAGGGUGCCAGAGGAUAAAAUACUCACCGAUAUCGUUAAGCCCUAUAUUGAUCCAGUGGAGUCAGAUCCUGUAGUUUGUCAAAGAUUAAAAAUCUAUACAAUGUCUCCUCGGUCAGAUGUACAAAUUUUAAUGAAAAUAGAAAAUAGAAGGCAGAACUCCACCAGGUACAAUGAACUGGAUGCCAGUAGAAGCCUCCUAGACAAUUUGAAAGACAAAGUAAUAAUUGAGUACCCAACGUUAUUUGUGGUCUUGAAAACACUGAAGAAUGACAUGGUGGUUCUUGGCCAAGAUGCCAGUGAAUCUGCUGAUGACUCAAGCAAUGAAAGUUCAUCCCUUUCAUCUGAGGAAGAAGGGGAAAUUCGGGAGAGUUCAUGACAGUUCUUUUGAGAGAAGAGGGUGGGAUGCGCCUUUUAUAUUUUUUUUAUUUAAUUAAAUCUUUUUUAUAUAA